UGAAGAUCGCCGUGAUUAGGUUAAAUAGAAGGAGUGUUCGGUCCGUCCGCGCUCCUCGUUAAUAUCUCCGAGAUCUGCCCGAGCAGAAACGAAGCAGAAGGGGGUGGGAGGGGAGCGAGGAGAACUACGAAGAUGGGUGAAUCGAAGACGGUCCAUUCGGCCCUCGUCACCUACACUUCCGUGAUAUCGCUCCUCACGCUGUGCCCCCCGUUCGUCAUCCUGCUAUGGUAUACAAUGGUUCAUGCUGAUGGUUCAGUCUUGCAAACCUUUGAAUAUCUAAAGCAACAUGGGCUGCAGGGUCUUAAAGAUAUCUUGCCUGCACCUUCCCCCAUCGCAUGGAAGUUAAUUGCUUGUUUUGGUGCAUUUGAAGCCAUACUCCAGUUGGCACUGCCUGGUAAAAGGGUUGAAGGUCCCAUUUCUCCUAAUGGAAAUAUACCCGUCUAUAAGGCAAAUGGCUUGCAAGCUUAUGCUGUGACAUUAGUAACUUAUCUCAGCCUUUGGUGGUUUGGAAUUUUCAAUCCUGCGAUUGUUUAUGACCACCUGGGAGAAAUUUAUUCUGCACUUGUAAUGGGAAGCUUAGUCUUCUGCCUUUUCUUAUACUUAAAGGGUCAUGUGGCGCCAUCAUCAUCUGAUUCUGGUUCAUCAGGGAACUUCAUAAUCGAUUUUUAUUGGGGAAUGGAGUUGUAUCCUCGCAUUGGUAAACAUUUUGAUAUCAAAGUUUUCACAAACUGUAGAUUUGGUAUGAUGUCUUGGGCAGUUCUUGCUGUGACAUAUUGCAUUAAGCAGUAUGAAAUGAAUGGACAAGUAUCUGACUCUAUGCUGGUAAACACUGUAUUGAUGCUUGUCUACAUCACUAAAUUCUUUUGGUGGGAAGCUGGGUACUGGUGCACUAUGGAUAUUGCACAUGACAGAGCUGGAUUCUAUAUCUGUUGGGGAUGCUUGGUAUGGGUUCCAUCAAUCUAUACUUCCCCUGGGAUGUACCUUGUCAACCAUCCUGUUAGCCUAGGCACCCAGCUUGCACUUUUCAUACUUGUGUCUGGACUUCUUUGCAUCUACAUUAAUUAUGACUGUGAUAGACAAAGGCAAGAAUUCCGCAGAACAAAUGGGAAGUGUUUGAUAUGGGGAAAAGCUCCAUCAAAGAUUGUAGCCUCCUAUCGUACCGAGAAAGGGGAGACAAAGACCAGCCUUCUCCUAACUUCUGGAUGGUGGGGUGUAUCUCGUCAUUUCCACUAUGUGCCUGAGAUAUUAGCUGCAUUCUUCUGGACUGUUCCGGCCCUUUUUAACCAUUUCCUACCAUAUUUCUAUGUGUUGUUUCUGACUAUUCUCCUCUUCGACCGAGCAAAAAGGGAUGAUGAUCGGUGUGCAUCCAAGUAUGGCAAAUACUGGAAGAUGUACUGCAAUAAGGUACCCUACAGGGUCAUACCUGGGAUCUACUGAGUAUUUCUGGUUGGUGGGCCUUUCAUGGCAAAAAUGCCCAGCACAUGAGGCGGCAUUGCUUUGCAUGCAGUUGAAUUUACUUAAGAUAAUAUUUAUGCUGUUCAAAUUUAUGCAUGUACUUGUACUAAUGCAUGUAGUGUGACCCUUAACCAUCAGGCUUGUGUGGAGAGUUGUGGAUAAUCUUUAUGGCCAUCUUGCUGAGUCAAUUUUCCUUUGAUGUAAUCAAGCCAGUAUUAUCCAAAUCAUCAUCUUUAUGGCUUUUAUGUUGGGUAAA